UAGAGGGAGAAGCAGACUCCCCGCUGACCAGGGAGCCCGAUGCAGGGCUCGAACCCAGGACCCCGGGAUCAAGACCUGAGCUGAAGGCAGACGCUUAACCAACUGAGCCACCCGGGCGCCCCAGCCUAGUGAAUUUUUACAGUGAACCUACCAUGUACCCAGCACUCAGACCAAGAUACAGGUCAUUACCAGAAUUCCCCAGACAGGCCUCCCACACCAGGCUUUACGCCCAUGAGAGUCCCCACUACCCUGAUUUCUAGCCCCGUAGGCUAGUUUUGCCUGUUCGACACUUUAUAUAAAUGGAAUCAUCCAGUAUAACAAUUUUGUGUCUGGCUUCUCUAGCUCAACAUAUGUUUGUGAGGUUCUUCGGUAUCAUUAGGUAGACACGUAGUCUAUUAUUUCUGGUGCAUUCCAGUGUGUGAAUGGACCGCAAUUAAUUUAAACAUCCUACUGUUGAUGGCCUUUUAGAUAGGCCCCAACUUGGGUUUAUUACAAGUAAUGCUGCUAUAAACCUUCCUGUAAAUGUCUUCAGGUGAAGUUCUGUUUGCGUGGCUGUUGGAUGGAUACCUAGGGGGUGAAACUGUUAAUUCUUAAGGUGUGCAAGUAUGCAGUGCUGAUAGAUAUUGCCAAAAAGUUUUCUGAAGUUCUUAUCCCACGUUCAUUCCCAUCAGCAAACUCGGAGAGCUUUAGUUGCUCCAUACCCUGCUGGAUUUAGAAGGUCUCACUGGUUGCUGUGCGGAGGAAGAGUUGGAGGGGAGCUGGUGACGUAAGCGCAGACGGAGGUCACUGCGGUUGUCCAGGAGAGUUGAUAGUGGCUGAGAAUGGGCCAGGGGCCAAGGAAGCAGACAGGAGCUGUAAACUCAGGGCUUCCUUCCGCACUUACCGCGACCCUUCUCUUGACACAGAGUAAGGCAGAGCAGCUCGGACAACAAAAGGAACUUAAACACUUUAAGAGAGUAGAAAUCUCAAAGAAGUAGCUGGUCAUUCGAAACUGGUCAAUCCCAAAUUCUAGGUGUCUUGGGAUCCUGGAGCUUCCCAGUUAAGUGUCCUACCCAGAGAGGUGAAGCAAAGGGGCCAGCACUGGUUCUAGACCUGCUGGGGGACAUGAAAGAGAGGAGAGGGAGCAUCCAGCAGAACUCCGCUCAGCUCCCUGUGAGGUCACGAUGCAAGAGAUAACAGGAUCAAAACCCUCAGCGCCACCUCUAGGGAGAAACAAAAUGCUGCCUGGUACACUCUGUACCACACCGGGCACACAGGGAGGCAAAGAUCAAGAGAGCUAUAGAAUUCCAGAGAUGGGCGAAGAACCUGGUGCGGUGCAAGAAAUUAAGACUAGAGCCAAAGCGAGGAGCCUCGGAUGCCUUCCUGGAGCUCAGCCGCGCUCACCAGACACUCCAGCACCACUGAUCCUUCCUGCUGCCGAGGGGACCUGUACUGAGCCAGUCUUGACCUCAGGUGCUGUGUCCGGGCAUCUCAGCGGUUCGGGCAGGGGGCAAGGGCUGUUGUGGUGCAGGCUGCUGUGGAAAUCGUUGCAGGAUGCUGCGCUCCAUCUUCUCCUCGGCCUUCGGGGUGCUGGGGGCCAUCUACUGCCUCUCGGUAUCGGGAGCCGGCCUCCGAAUUGGACCCAAAUGCUUAACGGACCGCGGGUGGGAUUACCACUUCAGAGACACCAAAACCGUACUCUGUGGAAUUUGUGCGUGGAGCCGCCUGGCGUGGUCUCCUGGAAUGUGACACUCUUCUCGCUGCUGGUGGCCGCCUCGUGCCUGGAGAUCGUGCUGUGCGGGGUGCAGCUGGUGAACGCCACCCUCGGUGUCUUCUGCGGCGAUUGCAGGAAGGAGGGCACCCCUCGCUGAGGCUGCGCUGACCGGCCUGCUCGCUCUUGGACGCGCGCCUGGCCCACCCCGCCCUGGAAAUAAACCUUUGAACUCGCCUGCGCGACUCAGAUGAUGCCUCCAGAUACAGAGGGGCCUGGGGGCGCUCCUCUUUGGGCCCCCUGCAAGUGUUAGCUAGGAGUUACUGAGCUGUCGGUGUGCGCUCAAAUACAGUGGUAAACAAGACCGGCAAGUUCUGUGCGCUCAAAGAAUUUUAACAACCCAGGGGUCUAAGAUGGGUACAGUUUUUUUGAAAAGGCAGUGGAUUACUUCACUUUUUUAAAAAAACACGCUGGUAAUGGGAUAGGUGUUGGCUGCUGGAGGGACUUUUUUUUUUAAGAUUUUUUAUUUAUUUAUUUGAGAGAGAGAGAGAAUGAGAGAUAGAAAGCACGAGAGGGAAGAGGGUCAGAGGGAGAAGCAGACUCUCCGCCGAGCAGGGAGCCCGAUGCGGGACUCGAUCCCGGGACUCCAGGAUCAUGACCUGAGCCGAAGGCAGUCGCCUAACCAACUGAGCCACCCAGGCGCCCCUGGAGGGACGUUUUAAGAUAAGGUGAAGUCUGAGAAAGUGGAAUUGGAGCUGAAAUCUAGUGAAUCGGUUAGCCAGCUGGGUAGCUGGGGGGUUCCAGGUGGGGAGCAGCAAGGACAAAGGUCCCAAGCGGAAAUCCGUACAUGGAAAAGCCACUCUUUAACUGUUGUAGGGAAAGGAAGGACACUGUGAAAAAUAAGCUUUAGAAAAUGAAAGUUUAAGGGGUUCCAGCUUCAUCGUCUCCUAACUUGGUAGAAGUUUCUCUAUCUGAGGUCACUGGUAGUUCAGAAAGGAAACAGUCUGAGCUCUUAAUGAGGACGAGGUGUCUGCAGACGCCCUCAGGAAGCCAGGGACUUCCUUAACUCGGGCGCAGAACUGUGCUUAAGGGCAUU